AUGUCAAACGAUACCAGGCCCUUAGACAGAUUCCAGAAAAUUGAUUUCGCUCAUACUUCUCUAGUGCUUAAAAAUUUAGCCAAACUACAUGCAUUAUCUUUCGCGUUACAAAAAUUGUAUCCCGAUGAUUUCGAAAUGAUACGUAACUUAUGUGCUAAGGACAUUCAAUACGCUGAUCUGGAAAGUAUUCCGAAAUGUUUAAUAAGCUAUUACAAAUCUUCCAUUAAUGUUAUUUCAAAACCUGUAGCUAAAGCAAAGCUCGAAGAUAUUACUCCGAAUAUUUUAGCGUUACUUAAUAAAUGUUCUGCACCAGUACCCAAUUAUAGUACCAUUUGUCACGGAGAUUGUUGGAAUAACAAUAUUCUUUUUAAAUAUCAGGGGAAGAGACCAGUGGAUGUCCUGUUCGUUGAUUACCAAUUGGUGCGCUAUGCGUCACCAGUCACAGAUAUAUCUUACUUUCUAUACAUGUCCGCAGACCAAAAAUUACUCUCCAAACAUUACUACCAACUGCUCGAUAUAUAUUUUGGAACCCUGACAGCGGUUUUAAGACAAUGUAAUUUAAAUAUUGAUGAUAUUUAUCCGAGAAAUAUUUUUCUAAGACACUUAAGAGAUUAUUCCGUACUCGGUUUAUUAGAAGCCUUAAUAUCUUUGAAGAUAACAACAGCGGAAACUGAAGACGCUCUGAAAAUUACUGAUAUGAAAUAUCACGCCGAAGAACCGUGUCAGUAUGAAACACAAAAUCAAUCGAUGUACGUGGAAAGGGUCAACGGAGUAGUAACGGAUUUUUUUGAAAGAAACUAUUCAUUAGAUGCUAUUUUGAAACAAUAA